ACUUAAUUAUAAUAAACUAAAAUGUCACUCACGAAUGUACUCUUUCUCUCUCUUUUGCUGAGGUCAAUGGGAUGUUUACUGCAAUCUUGUAUCUUGUACAAGCUUAACCGAGACCAGAUAAUGAUGUACUUGUCCAUCCUUCUCUCUUCUUCAUUCUUCUUCUUCUUACUUGUUUCCUACGAUGAUUGAUGACAAAGAGGCCUCUCUUGGUGCUUCCACUUCAAGACCCACAACUUUUUCCAUGCUCUUGAAUCUUCUUCUUCUUCUUCUACUACUUUCACAGAUUUUCUUCUUUGCCUCCCCUUGUGAAGCUACUUGUCAUCAAAACGACAGGGUUUUUCUCUUGGGGUUUCGUUCCAACAUAACAGUGCCAACUUCAUCCCCCUUGAAUUGGUCAGCUUCUAUAGAUUGUUGCCUUUGGGAAGGAGUAGUUUGUGAUGAUCCAGAUAUGGAUCGAGUCACUCAGCUAUGGCUGCCCUCUCGAGGCCUCACAGGUCAUCUGUCAACGUCUCUUGUAAACCUCACACUUUUAACCCAUCUUACUUUCCUAUCUUCGCUCAGUCACCUCCAAGUUGUUGAUCUAAGCUACAACAGUCUCUAUGGUGAACUGCCUCUGGAUUUCAUUUCAGAUGAUACCACCAACAAUCUCAGCCCUAUCCGGACACUGAAUUUAUCCAGCAACCGCUUCUCAGGGACCAUUCGAUCCGAUUCUCUUGUUCAAGCAGCAGCCCUGAAUAUGAGUGUUUUCAAUGUGAGCAACAACACUUUAACAGGCCGGCUUCCAUCCUGGAUCUGCAUCAAUACUUCCGUCACCAUCUUGGAUUUGUCUUACAACAAAUUCAAUGGAGAAAUUCCUACUGGACUCGACAAGUGUUCCAAGCUGCAGAUCUUCCGCGCGGGUUUUAACAAUCUGUCCGGGACACUUCCUCUUGAUAUUUACAGAAUUACCUCACUUGAGCAGCUGUCCUUACCGCUUAAUCACCUCUGGGGAAUCCAAGAUGCCAUUGUCCAACUCUCCCAGCUCACCGUCCUUGAGAUCUUUUCCAAUGAAUUUGAAGGCCCCGUCCCUGAAGACAUAGGCCAGCUUUCCAAGUUGGAACAACUGCUGCUUCACAUCAACAACUUCACUGGUUUUCUCCCACCAUCUCUCAUGAACUGCACCAAUCUCAUCAUUUUGAAUUUGCGGGUUAACCAUCUGGAAGGAGAUCUCUCCACCUUCAAUUUCUCCGCCCUGCAACGCCUUAACACUUUUGACCUUGGCAACAAUAACUUUACAGGUACCUUGCCUUUAAGCCUUUAUUCUUGCAAGUCAUUAACUGCAGUAAGACUGGCUAGUAACCAGCUAGAGGGGCAGAUAUCACCAGCCAUACUUGCAUUGCAAUCCUUAUCAUUCCUCUCGAUUUCUACUAAUAAAUUAACCAAUUUUACCGGUGCAAUAAGGAUUUUGAUGGGAUUCAAGAACCUUACAACGCUCAUCCUUACUAAUAACUUUAUGAAUGAAGCAAUACCCAAUGAUGAAAAUAUAGUGGGAGAGGAAGGUUUUCAAAAUCUCCAGAUUUUGGGUCUAGGAGGAUGCAACUUCACUGGUCAAGUCCCCAACUGGCUAGCUAAGCUGAAGAAUCUAGAGGUACUAGACCUGUCCCAAAAUAGAAUCAGUGGUUUAAUUCCCAGUUGGUUGGGUGUCCUGCCAAACCUUUUUUACAUAGAUUUGUCUUCAAACUUAAUAUCAGGAGAGUUUCCCAAGGAACUCGCAAGCCUGUAUGCAUUGGCAACACAAGAGUCUAAUGAUCAAGUAGAUAGAAGUUACCUGGAACUCCCGGUGUUUGUUAUGCCCAAUAAUGCCACCAGUCAGCAGCUGUAUAACCAGCUCUCCAGCCUUCCACCUGCUAUUUAUCUGAGAAAAAACAACCUCUCUGGAAACAUCCCUGGGGAGAUUGGUCAAUUGCAAUUUCUUCAUGUGCUAGAUCUCAGCCAGAAUGACUUUUCUGGCAGCAUUCCAGAGCAAAUAUCAAAUCUCACAAACUUGGAAAAGUUGGAUUUUUCAGGCAACCGGCUCUCUGGCCAAAUUCCUGAAUCAUUAAGAGGCCUUCACUUUUUGUCUUCAUUCAGUGUGGCAUACAACAAUCUUCAAGGACCGAUACCGUCUGGAGGUCAGUUUGAUACUUUUACCAGCUCUAGUUUUGAAGGGAACCCAGAUCUGUGUGGUUCAAUUGUGCAUCGCAUUUGCCCCAAUGCACCGGGUACUGUUCAUUCUCCCACUGUACCAAAACGCUUAAACACUAAACUUAUCAUUGGUCUUGUACUUGGAAUCUGUGCUGGUACUGGUUUGGUUAUUACUGUUCUAGCAUUGUGGAUAUUGUCCAAGAGAAGGAUUAUUCCAGGAGGGAACACCGAUAAGAUUGAACUAGAUUCACUUUCCUGCAACUCUUAUUCUGGAGUUCAUCCACAGACCGACAAGGAUGCUAGCCUUGUUAUGCUGUUCCCGAACAAGACCAAUGAAGUCAAGGAUCUCACCAUAUUUGAACUCUUAAAAGCAACCGACAAUUUUAAUCAAGAAAACAUCAUUGGCUGCGGGGGUUUUGGUUUGGUUUACAAAGCAAUAUUAGCAGAUGGGACCAAAUUGGCAGUUAAGAAGCUCUCAGGAGAUUUUGGCCUGAUGGAGAGGGAAUUCAAAGCUGAAGUAGAAGCUCUAUCCACAGCUCAACAUGAAAACCUGGUGUCUCUGAAAGGUUAUUGUGUACACAAAGGAUUUCGGCUGUUAAUAUAUUCCUAUAUGGAGAAUGGAAGCUUAGACUACUGGUUACAUGAGAAAGAAGAUGGUCCAUCCCAGUUAGAUUGGCAAACUCGACUGCAGAUUGCUAGGGGAGCAAGUAAUGGACUGGCUUACAUGCAUCAGAUAUGUGAGCCACACAUUGUUCACCGAGACAUCAAGUCAAGCAAUAUUCUUCUUAAUGACAAGUUUGAGGCACAUGUUGCAGAUUUUGGAUUGUCACGACUGAUUCUUCCUUAUCACACUCAUGUUACAACUGAGCUUGUGGGUACUUUGGGUUAUAUUCCUCCAGAAUAUGGGCAAGCAUGGGUAGCCACUUUGAGAGGGGAUGUGUACAGUUUCGGGGUUGUCAUGCUUGAGCUGCUCACCGGUAAAAGGCCCGUGGAUAUGUCUAGGCCAAAAACAUCAAGAGAAUUGGUUUACUGGGUGCAGAGAUUGAGGAGUGAGGGCAAGCAAAAUGAAGUGUUCGAUCCACUCCUAAAAGGAAAAGGUUCAGAUGAAGAAAUGCUGCAAGUGCUUGAUGUGGCCUGCCUGUGCAUCAACCACAAUCCUUUCAAGAGGCCAACUAUCCAGGAAGUUGUCGACUGGCUCAAGAGUGUUGGAACAAUCACAAGAAACCAAAAUAAGGAUUCGUGAAAAGUGCCCUUCAUCGUUUCAUACGAAAUAUAUACAUAUACUUGCACAAAAUGUCUGUAUACAUACUUUCACCUUUUAUUUUUAACCAUGUAAAUAAAUUUAUCCAACCAUACUACUUCAGCUGUAC